AUCCCUGACUUACAAGAUAUUGUUUAGCUUAUAAAGUAAAAUCAAGUAUUACAGGUCCUGUUUUCAUAUUAAACUCUUACCAAAUGUAAAAAUAAAUAAAUUUUAGAGAAGUCAAACGUUCUGGUAUUUUCUGUGUCAAGAUGAUCCAAUGCAGACAGUGCAGACUAAAGAGAAGAAUUUUUGUGUUUGUAGUUUAAAUAAGAUGAGGUUAAUAUUAUCUUCUUAAAUGUAAUCUCUUUCUACAGUGACAGGAUAUCAUGUUUCUAAUUUUAAUUAAAAAUGAUGGGUGGGUUGGAUCACUAAAACUGAGUUUUGGGUUUAGGGUGUGGAAGUACAGCCCUGCUCCUUCCUGGCUGGGACUGCUUGUGUCUGGACUCACCUUUUCAAUUAAUUUUCAGUAAUUACAGGGUGCUGUGUGGGAUGGGGAUAAAGAGAAACAGAAUUAAAAUGUAAUGCUUCUCCUUUGGUAUCUGGCAUCCUUAUUUAUUUUAAACUACCUUCAAUGCACUGAAGAGUUUAAGUUCCUGUAUCACAUACUAUGCAAGCAGAAAUAUGUGAGUGAACUGCUGCCAAUGACUCUGAGCAAGCAUGGGGCAUGAUUCAGAUUACACUGUGUUUUCUUGUUUGGAUCUGAUCUCCUUGCUAGGAGAGGCUGAGAAAGGUUGCUCUAGGGGAUUUACUUCCAGCAGCAGCAGCACAUGAUCCGUCAAUCGCGUGAUUCUCACCACCAAGGACUAAUGGGGAGGGUGAAGAAAAAGUGAAUGCUGCUUUGGGGAAGCAACAGCAUUUUCUUCUGCUCGUGGGGCCCCUCCACCAGCCGAAUGCUUCAUGGCUUCUCCCAGGUUAGAAACCUACUGCUGCCCGAACCAGGAUGCAGCUACACAGCUAGUGAUGAACUUCCAGCCGGAAGUCUUCUGCGGAGUUUGCAUUGGCAGCUCCUCCAUCAGUCUGCUACUGACCAUCCUGCAGCUUCUGCCGAAGAAGGGACAGAGCCCACGGAAGAUGCCCAAAGCCUCCUCCUCUUCCACCAUCCUUCUCCUUAUCUCCAUUUGUGACAUCCUUGGUAGCUUAGGUAUGAUCUUCAGAUCAAGUGUAUGGCUAGGCUUCCCAGGUUUCAUAGCUAACAUUUCUGUGGUGAACGGGACCAGCGUGUGGCCUUCAGUUUUCUGCGUGGGGAGCGCGAUGUGGAUCCAGCUAUUAUAUAGUGCUGGCUUCUGGUGGUUGUUUUGCUAUGCCGUUGAUUCUUAUCUGGUGGUAAGAAGAUCAGCAGGACUGAGUACAAUUGUGCUGUACCACAUGAUGACAUGGGGCCUUGCGGUGAUGCUCUGUGUGGAGGGAAUUACACUGCUUUACUACCCUUCUCUCUCCAGCUGUGAAAAUGGCUUGGAGCAUGCAAUCCCACACUACAUCACAACCUACGCCCCACUCCUGCUAGUGCUGGUGGUCAACCCAAUCCUGUUCAGGAGGACAGUAUCAGCAGUUGCCUCCUUACUGAAAGGGAGACAAGGGAUUUACACAGAGAAUGAAAGACGUCUGGGGACAGAGAUCCAGAUCCGCUUCUUCAAAAUUAUGCUGGUAUUCGUUAUUUGCUGGUCAUCCAAUAUCAUCAAUGAGAGCCUUUUGUUCUAUCUUGAAAUGCAGCCAGAUAUCAAUGAAAAUCCCCUGAAAAACAUCAGAAGUGCUGCACUGAUCACGUGGAUUAUUAUGGGGGUUCUUAAUCCAAUGCAAGGCUUCCUCUUCACGUUAGCAUUCUAUGGCUGGACAGGAUGGAAGGUGGACCUAAAAUGGCGAAAAAGAGAAAUACCCUGGGAAUCAAUGUCCUCAUCCACUGUGGGUGAAAAUACCUAUCCCUCACCAGUGAACUACCAGAACAACAUCCAUGAUUCAAAGAAGAUAGCAGCAACUGACAGCCAACAGACCGAUGAGGCUAUAAGCAUGAUGUCUGAAGAAGAGUGAUCUCCAUCCAGCAUCUACAAUGUGUAAAGCUCCUUACCGAUCCGUCUGAUGCGCUUGCUCCCACUUUAUCUCCUCUAGCAUUCCAGCAGACUUCAAAGAUGCCCCCGGUGCCUC